AUGGGAGAUCACAGUAACACUACACCUAAUCAGGAUAUUACUAGUCCUUUCUACCUUCAUCCUACUGAUAACACAGCUAAUCAAUUGGUUUCUAUCAAGUUUAAAGGAGAUGGAUAUGGUGACUGGAAAAGAAGCAUGAUGAUAUCCAUCUCUUCUAAGAACAAAUUAGGUUUCAUUAAUGGAACUUUGACAAAACCUGAUGUUGAUCAUCCAACAUACCAUGCAUGGAUGAGAUGUAAUGAUAUGAUGAUUUCAUGGCUGCUAUUCAACCUAGAUUCUACUAUUGCAAAGAGUGUCUUAUAUUUUCAAACAGCUAGAGAGAUUUGGUUGGACUUGGAAGAUAGGUUUGGCUUCAUUUCAGGACCUCAGUUGUUUUCUCUGGAGCAACAAGUGUCAGAAAUGAAACAAGGUGGACAGAAUAUCUCAGAGUUCUUUACUGAGAUAAAAUCUUUGUGGGAUAAGAUCAGUGCUGCAAAUCCUUUGCCUACAUGUACUUGUAAUCUUUGUACAUGCAAUCUGACACAAAAGAUCUUCAAGAUGCAACAAGAUCAGAGACUUAUGCAAUUCUUGAUGAAACUUGGAGAACAUCUAGCUAUUGUUAGGGGUAAUCUGCUGAUGCAACAACCACUACCUACAAUCUAA